AUACAAACUCUCAACUCUCUCUUUCUUACAUGACAUAUCAAAAUGAGUCCUUUUGUUCUUGCUUUGCUCUUCAUUUCCCUUACCUCGUCCUUAGCAACAGGAGCCCAAUACAAUGUGCUCAGUUAUGGGGCCAAGCCAGAUGGCAAAACUGACUCUACCAAGGCUUUCCUGGCUGCAUGGAAACAAGCCUGUGCUUCUAGUAGGCCCGCCACCAUUAAAGUACCGGCAGGGAGGUUCUUUAUCAGUAAAAUCCUUUUUCAAGGUCCAUGCAAGAACAAUGCAAUCUUAAUAAGUAUAGAUGGCACGCUUGUGGCUCCAUCUGAUAUUUGGGCUAUUGGUAAUGCUGGAAAUUGGCUCCAUUUUGAGAAUGUUAAUGGGGUUACGGUUUCUGGAGGCGUACUUGACGGUCAAGGCACUGGCUUGUGGUCCUGUAAGGACUCUGGCAAGAAUUGCCCCAGCGGUGCAACGUCCUUGCGCUUUUCUGGCUCAAGAAACAUCGCAAUCACUGGGUUAACAUCCCUAAAUAGCCAAAUGUUCAAUAUUGACAUCAAUGGCUGCCACAAUGCGAAACUACAAGGGAUUACAGUUUCCUGUUCUGGCAACAGCCCGAACACCGAUGGCAUCCAUGUUCAAGAAUCAAGCGAUGUAACAAUCUUGAACUCAAGGAUUGGAACCGGAGAUGAUUGCGUUUCAAUUGGCCGUGGCACCACCAACUUGUGGAUAGAAAACAUUAUAUGUGGUCCAGGCCACGGGAUCAGCGUUGGAAGCCUCGGCAAAGAUCUUCGAGAGGCUGGGGUGCUAAAUGUGACAGUUAAAUCAGCCAGGAUCACCGGUACUCAAAAUGGGCUAAGAAUCAAGUCUUGGGGCAGACCCAGUAGUGGAUAUGCUAGGAACAUUCUCUUCCAACAUGUUGUUAUGACCAAUGUCAAUAAUCCCAUUGUAAUCGAUCAAAAUUACUGCCCACAUAACAAAAAUUGUCCUGGCCAGGCUUCUGGUGUUAAAAUUAGUGACGUGACAUACCAAGACAUCCAUGGAACAUCAGCGACAGAAGUUGCAGUGAAAUUUGAUUGCAGUAAUAAAUAUCCAUGCACUGGAAUCAGAAUGGAGGAUGUAAAGCUCACUUACAAGAAUCAACCAGCAGAUGCAUCCUGUAACAAUGCCGAUGGAAAGGCUUCAGGUGUCGUCCAGCCCAGUAGCUGCCUAUCAUAAGUGGGAAAAUGAUUUGCUGAAUUCCAGUGUCAGGGGUUAUUUUAUAGGGUUUGUUAAAUCAUAGUAAAGAAUUAUAGCAUUGAUACAUACAAACAAGUGAAAUUGUCCUCAUAGCCUUGUAGUAGUAGGGACAGAAAAAUAAAAAAAUAAUAAAAAAAAGGAAAAAUCAAUUAUAUACACACGAUUUCGUGUCAUUAAAUUGGACUGAAAAGUGCUUUUCGAUUUAUAUAUAGUUGAGUAGAAUAAUAAUAUGCCUAAAUCCAAUACUUCAAAUGCUUAUAACGUAUUGUAAUUCCUCCUAUGUAGUAUCUACCAAGCAAAAUAAAUUCCUUCUGAAAAUUCUUAAAAAUAAAACGGUUAAUCAGAAUUUAAAUUCUUAAUUUCUAUAA